AUGCCGGUCGGAAAGUCCCUCGCCCUGAGCCAGAAUUCCUUCGUGGAGCCGCCCACUCGUGAAUUCGAGCUGGAGGAGUCCGCCUCUCCGACACACGCCCGGCCCAAGCGCCAGGCCAAUCUUUACGAUGCCGUCGCCGGUCGAGUGAACGCCCACGGGUUUAUCCCAUCCUUUCCCCACGCGUCCAAAUACCGCGACACCGCCUCCUCCAACCGCUGUCCCGUCCGUCCAGAAGAAGUCCUCUUCCGCCGUCAAAACGCGCCCGACCGUUACGAGGAAACCGACUUUUACUUCGCGCACGAGACUCUCCCAUCAGACCGGCCGCUACCGUCCUCCGACCUCCUCGAGGCCCUGCAUACCUACGCUGCUGACUUCUACGAUUCCGCCGUCCCCGACCGCGGGCGCCUUGACAUCCAGAGCUUGGACGAGACGGCGCUCCUUGCGACGGGUAUCUUGCUCGAGGAGAUGGCUAAGGAGUCGCUGGGUGAGACGGGAGAUAUGGUGCUUGUCGAGGGGGAGGAGAUUCUCUCCGACGAUGAUCUGCCGCCGGCGAGACUAAGAAGUCUGCGCCGCAAGAGGUCCCGGUCGCGGGUGGGGAGUAUCUUGCCAAGUUCGGGGGAUGAUCUCGAUAGUGUGGUCAGAAGGAGGAGGUCGAAGAAGAGGCGGCUGGCGAGGGAGGCAUCGACGACCGAUUUUGAGCCCGAGGGAGCGAGAAUUUGA